ACAAAAAACGCAUUCUUGAGUUCAGAUUACCAAAGCUUCAAUGGCAGAGGAAGUGAUAUUGUUGGACUUCUGGCCGAGCCCAUUCGGGAUGAGGGCCAAGAUUGCCCUGAGAGAGAAGGGCGUGGACUUUGAUCUGAGGGAGGAGGAUCUCAGCAGCAAGAGCCCCCUGCUCUUGGAGAAGAACCCGGUUCACAAGAAGGUCCCCGUCCUCGUCCACAACGGCAAGCCGGUUUGCGAGUCCCUCAUCAUUGUCCAAUACAUCGACGAGACCUGGGGUCACGAGUCCCCUCUACUACCUUCCCAUCCUUACGAACGCGCCCGUGCCAGGUUCUGGGCCGACUACAUGGACAAGAAGAUUUCGGUGGGGGGAGUGGUGUGGGCGCCAACGGGGGAGGCCCAGGAGGCAGCAAAGAAGGAGUUCAUCGAGUGCUUGAAGGUGCUGGAGGGAGAGCUUGGCGACAAGGCUUACUUUGGAGGUGAGAGGUUUGGGUAUGUGGAUGUGUCGUUGAUACCGUUCUAUAGCUGGUUCUAUGCCGUGGAGACGUCCGCCAACUUGAGCAUCAUGGAGGAGUGCCCCAAGUUGGUGGGAUGGGCAAAGCGCUGCAUGCAGAGGGAGAGCGUGGCCAUGUCCUUGCCCGACCAGUACAAGGUCUAUGACUUCAUGUUGGAGGUCCGGAAGAAGCGUCGGGCGCAGUGA